AUGGCGGCGCCCAAGGCGGAAGACGCGCAGGUGCGGCUGCUGUGGAACCCGGAGAACGUGCGGGACGUGGCAGAGUCCGUGGGCGUGUCGCAGCUGGCGGACGACGCGCUGCGGUGCCUGUCGCAGGACGUGGAGUACCGAAUCGGGCAGGUGAUCGUGGAGGCGCUGCGGUUUAUGCGAGCAGGCGGACGGACGACGUUGACGGUGCAGGACAUGUCGCUGGCGCUGCGGGUGCUGGACGUGGAGCCGCUAUACGGGUACGAGUCGACGAGGCCGCUGCGAUACGGCGAGGCGAGCCUGGGCCCAGGACAGCCGCUGUUCUAUGUCGAGGACGAGGAGGUGGAGUUUGAGCGUCUGGUGAACGCGCCGCUGCCACGCGUGCCACGGGACGCCAGCCUGACGGCGCACUGGCUCGCGAUCGAGGGCGUGCAGCCGGCGAUCCCGCAGAACCCGACGACGGCCGAGGCACGGUCGCAGGAGCUCGUGCCCAAAGGCCCGGGAGCCAAUCCGGCGCUCGCGGCGCUUGCCGGCAACGACAACGUCGGCUUCAAGCCGGCCAUCAAGCACAUUAUCAGCAACGAGCUCGUGCUCUACUUUGACAAGAUCCAGGCGGCCGUGCUGGACGACAACCCGGACGAGGAGGUGCUGCGGCUGCGCGACGCCGCCCUCGAUUCUGUCCGCAGCGAUCCGGGCCUCCACCAGCUGGUGCCCUACUUUGUCAACUUUAUCGCCAACCAGAUCACCCACCGGAUGGACGACGUCUUUGCCCUGCGCCGUACCAUGGAGCUGACCUCGGCCCUGGUCGCCAACCCCCACCUCUUCCUCGACCCCUACGCCUCGCCGCUCUGUGCUCCUGUCUUGACCUGUCUGGUGGCCCGUAGGCUGGGCGGCCUCGGUGCUGGUUCUGGUGCUGGUGGCAGUGGUCCGGGGGGGGUUGGUGAUCUCGGCAGCGACAGUGGCCACAACGACAGCCACAGCAUCAACGGAAUCCACGCCACCAACGGCAUCAACGGCAGCCACACGGUCCAUGGUCUCCUACCCGACAGCAUCGUGCGCGAGACGUAUCUGCUGCGCGAACUGGCCGCCAGCCUGCUCGGCCAGCUGGCCCGCAAGUUUGCCCACAGCAACGCGCUGCUGCGGCCGAAGCUGACGCGCACCUGUCUCAAGGUGCUGCUCGAACCGUCGCGGCCGGCGCCGGUGCUCUAUGGCGCCGUCUGUGGCCUCGCUGCGGCUGGCGGCCCCGAGGCGGUUCGCGUCCUCGUCCUGCCCAACCUACGCGCCAUCGACACCCACGUGCUGCAGCGGUUGCAGGAGCGCGGUCCCGCUGCCGCUGUCGAGUUUGAGAUGCUCGUCUCCGGCGGCAUCGUCAAGGCUAUUCGCACGCUCUCGCCUACUGGCACUUCUGGUGCUGCACCGCUCUCGCCAGCCCAGUCGCCUCGGUCGUCCGGCACCGCCCUCACCAACGCGGCCAUCGUCAACGGCACAUCGUCCGAUGAGGAGACUGCCGAGCUGAUCGACUUCCUCGGACCCAUCAUCGGCCGGCGCAUCGCCCAUCUGGGCGACCGACAGCUUAACGCGGCCAUUCUCGAAGCUCGCAAUAUUGAGUGA